UCCCUGCCCUUUGAAACCAGAGCCCAGGACUUAAGACAGAGGACCAUGCUCCCAGGUAAAUCUUCUCACUCUGCCUUCCCUGCUAAUCUCACUCACAGGCCAUUGCUCUGUGCUCUCUGCUCUUCCCUCUGUGACUGCUGCUCCGUGCCUGCUGCUCCGCCAUGAGCGCUUCCGAGGAUAUGCUUGGUGGGCUCACUGAAACCCGGGCAGCCACGACCGAGAUCCAGGCCAUCGCCCACAAGAUGCAAAUAUCUGAUAUGCAAGGUGGUCUUAGGGCGACCCCUGUUAAAGGGUCAUUUGACCGACAAAGGGGUCGCGACCCACAGGUUGAGAACUGCUGCCCUGAAGGGACUCAGUCUCUUGUUCCUCAGGGCUUUUCUUACACAGUCCGCCAGGCACAAGGACUUGGGGUCAGAGGCAGCACCUGCCCCCCUCACUCCACUCUCUCUUUGCAGGUUCAAGUUGCAGAUGAUGACUACGUGCACCUUCGAGUGUUUCAAGGUCUCCCUCCUGAAAGAGAGACCAUCUUGAGCAAAUAUCAGACCCACAAGACCAAGCAGGACGAGCUGGUCUAUUUCUAGUUCUCAAUUUUGAACUGUACCUUCGGCACAUGGUUCUCUGUCACGUGUUCGCGUGCCGGGGUCAUGAACGCCGCCUCUAUGCUGUGCCACUUUCGCUGGAGGGGCUGCCCUGCACCAACCUGUUGUCUCUGCCUCUGACUUUAACAGCGUGAUUUUCCUCCCAAUCAGUGAUCUUAACUAAAUUGCUUUCCAAGAGGGCUGAGGUGAUCUCUAAAUAAAUACAUUUUAAAGUUUUUGCAAAAAAA